CCCAAGGCUGCGGGUGGGGCCAGGCUCACAAAUAAUCUAAGUAGGAUCUAGAAUUGCUAGGAUUUACGAAAUACCGGCUUUCGAGUGAGUUCUUUAGUCUCCACCCGAAGAUGAUUAUCACAGUUGAGUGUGGGCAAAUGUAGAGGACCCUAGCAAGGGCAGGACCCGCAGCCCCUGUUCCGGCAGCUGGAGUGGGGCCAGAGCGGAGGUGGUGUCAGAGCGGAAAUCGAACCCGGAGCAGGGGUUCAGCUUGGGGCUGUGGGGAAUUUGCGAGGUGGGUCCGCUCCUGGCCGGCGGGAGAGGAGUCCGGAGGUGGCUGGAGCCAGGGCUGGGAAGAGAGAAGGCGCACCACUGAGCUGCCAGACGCACGGAUCGCGGGCGGGGACCCGGGCGAGCCUGGGAUCGCGGCUCUCGGAAGCGACAGAAGUGCCGAAGUCGCGGUCUGCGUCCUUGCGCGGGAGUCUCGGGGCGAUGAGAGUGCGCGUCAAGUCCCAGAAAUCCUGGAUCGAAGGAGUGUUUGACAAGAGAGAAUGCAACAAAAUCAUACCCAGUUCAAAAGACCCUCACAGAUGUACUCCAGGCUGCCAAGUUUGCCAGAAUUUAAUCAGGUGUUGCUGUGGCCGAUUGAUCCAAGACCAUCAUGGGAUAGAUUAUGCCUGGACUUGCUCGGCUGUCAAGGGUAAUGAAAGUGAACAGUGGUCUGUUGAAAAACAUACAAUGAAAAGCCCGACAGAUACCUUUGGCACUAUUAAUUUCCAAGAUGGAGAACACACCUACCACUCUAAGUACAUUAGAACUUCUUAUGAUACCAAACCGGAUCAUCUAUUACAUUUAAUGUUGAAAGAGUGGAAGAUGGAGUUGCCCAAGCUUGUCAUCUCUGUCCAUGGGGGUCUCCAGAACUUUAAGAUGUCCUCUAAGCUUAAAGAGAUCUUUAGCCAGGGUUUGGUCAAAGCUGCAGAGACAACAGGAGCAUGGAUAAUAACGGAAGGCAUCAACAUGGGAGUGUCCAAGCACGUUGGAGAUGCCCUAAAAGCCCAUUCUUCUAAGUCAUUGAGGAAAAUCUGGACUGUUGGAAUCCCUCCUUGGGGUGUCAUUGAGAACCAGAGAGAUCUCAUUGGAAAAGAUGUGGUGUGCAUGUACCAGACUCUGGGUAACCCCCUCAGCAAGCUCACCACACUCAACUGCAUGCACGCGCACUUCAUCCUGUCCGAUGAUGGGACUGUGGGCAAGUAUGGAAAUGAAAUGAAGCUCAGGAGGAACCUGGAGAAGCACCUCUCUCUGCAGAAGAUACACAGUCGCUCACGACAAGGCGUGCCUGUGGUGCAGCUGGUGGUGGAAGGAGGUCCUAACGUCAUCCUCAUGGUGUGGGAGACUGUCAAGGACAAAGACCCAGUGGUGGUGUGUGAAGGUACAGGCAGAGCUGCCGACCUCCUGGCCUUUACCCACAAACACUUAGAAGAUGAAGGGAUGCUGCGUCCUCAGGUGAAAGAGGAAAUCAUCUGCAUGAUUCAGAACACUUUCAACUUUAGUCUGAAACAGUCCAAGCACCUUUUUCACAUUUUAAUGGAGUGUAUGAUGCACAGGGAUUUUAUAACCAUAUUUGAUGCUGACUCUGAAGAACAGCAAGAUCUUGACUUAGCAAUCCUAACAGCUUUGUUCAAGGGCACAAAUUUAUCAACAUUAGAACAAUUAAAUCUAGCAAUGACCUGGGACAGAAUGGACAUUGCCAAGAAACAUAUCCUAGUUUACGGACAACAUUGGAAGCCUGGCACACUAGAACAAGCAAUGUUAGAUGCCUUGGUGAUGGAUCGUGUGGAUUUUGUGAAGCUUUUGAUAGAAAAUGGAGUGAACCUCCAUCGCUUUCUUACGAUUCCCCGACUAGAAGAGCUCUACAAUACGAAACACGGACCGACUAAUAUGCUGUUGCAUCAUCUUGUCCAAGAUGUAAAACAGCACACCCUUCUUUCAGGCUACAGAAUAACUCUGAUUGACAUCGGAUUGGUGAUAGAAUACCUCAUUGGUGGAGCAUAUCGCAGCAGCUAUACUAGGAAAAGUUUCAGAGCCCUCUACAACAACCUCUACAGGAAACACAAGAGAACGACCAGCUUUGCUCAAAGCUUCUCCCAGCACCCUCUUCACCAGCGAUGUUCUUUGUCAAAUAGAAACGAGUCUGCAGAAAACACCUCGCAUUCCCAGUUCUUCAGAACUGCCCAGCCUUAUAAAUUCAAGGAAAAGUCUGGAGUCUCUCAUAAAUCAAGGAAGAAGUCAAAAGAAAGACAAGACAUUACAGAUGACCCUGAGUCCACUGGCUUUAUUUAUCCUUACAAUGACCUGCUGGUUUGGGCUGUGCUCAUGAAAAGGCAGAAGAUGGCCAUGUUCUUCUGGCAGCAUGGAGAGGAAGCCACAGUUAAGGCAGUGAUUGCUUGCAUUCUCUACCGAGCGAUGGCCCACGAAGCUAAGGACAGCAAUAUGGUGGACGACGCCUCAGAAGAGUUGAAAAAUUACUCAAAGCAGUUUGGCCAGCUGGCCCUGGAUGUGUUAGAGAAGGCCUUCAAGCAGAACGAGCGAAUGGCCAUGAAGCUGCUGACAUACGAACUCAAGAACUGGAGCAAUUCUACCUGCCUGAAACUGGCUGUGUCUGGAGGGCUGCGUCCCUUUGUUUCACAUUCUUGUACCCAAAUGCUGCUGACAGACAUGUGGAUGGGGCGCCUGAAAAUGAGGAAAAACUCUUGGCUGAAGAUCAUCAUAAGCAUUCUUUUACCACCCACCAUUUUGACACUGGAAUUUAAAAGCAAAGCUGAGAUGUCCCAUGUUCCCCAGUCCCAGGACUUCCAGUUUACAUGGUAUUAUGGUGACCAGAACCCCAUCAAUAGCAAAGAAAGUGCUUGUAUGAAAGACUGUGAUUUGGAGAGGGGCCCUGAUGAGAAAGUGGAUGAAAAUCAGCACUUUGAUUUAACAAAUGGGCCCAAAAGCCUUCCUUGGACUAGGAAAGUCUAUGAGUUCUACAGCGCUCCCAUUGUGAAGUUUUGGUUUUACACGAUGGCAUAUCUGGCAUUCCUCAUGCUGUUCACUUACACUGUGUUGGUGGAGAUGCAGCCCCAACCCAGCAUGCAAGAGUGGCUUGUUAUCAUUUACAUCUUCACCAAUGCUAUUGAGAAAGUCAGGGAGAUCUGUAUUUCGGAACCUGGGAAGAUUACUCAAAAGGUGAAGGUAUGGAUUAGUGAGUACUGGAACUUAAUGGAAACUGUGGCCAUUGGCCUGUUUUCAGUUGGUUUUGGCCUUCGGUUGGGUAGCCCUCCUUUUCACACAGCAGGAAGACUAAUCUACUGCAUAGACAUCAUAUUCUGGUUCUCACGGCUCAUGGACUUCUUUGCUGUGAAUCAACAUGCAGGUCCAUAUGUGACCAUGAUUGCAAAAAUGGCAGCAAACAUGUUUUACAUUGUCAUCAUGAUGGCCAUCGUCUUGCUGAGCUUUGGAGUGGCGCGCAAAGCCAUCCUUUCGCCAAAGGAGCCUCCGUCUUGGAGCCUCGCUCGAGAUGUUGUGUUUGAGCCAUACUGGAUGAUGUAUGGAGAAGUCUACGCUUCAGAGAUAGAUGUUUGUUCAAGCCAGCCGACUUGCCCUCCGGGUGCUUUUCUUACUCCGUUCCUGCAAGCUGUCUACCUCUUCGUGCAAUACAUCAUCAUGGUGAACCUGUUGAUUGCCUUCUUCAACAAUGUGUACGUAGAUAUGAAAUCCAUUUCAAACAAGCUAUGGAAAUACAAUCGCUAUCGUUACAUCAUGACGUAUCAUGAGAAGCCCUGGCUGCCUCCACCUUUCAUCCUGCUCAGCCACCUGGGCCUCCUCCUCCGUGGUCUGUGUUGUCACCGAGCUCCACAUGAUCAAGAUGAGGGUGACGUUGGAUUAAAACUCUACCUGAGUAAGGAAGAUCUGAAAAAACUUCAUGAUUUUGAAGAACAAUGUGUGGAGAAAUAUUUCCAUGAGAAGAUGGAAGGACUGAACUGUAGCUUUGAGGAAAGAAUCCGAGUGACAUCAGAAAGGAUUACAGAGAUGUACUUCCAACUGAAAGAAAUGAAUGAAAAGGUGUCUUUUAUAAAGGACUCCUUACUGUCUUUGGACAGCCAAGUGGGACACCUACAGGACCUCUCUGCCCUGACGGUGGAUACUCUAAAGGUCCUUUCUGCUGUGGACACUUUGCAAGAGGAUGAGGCUCUCUUGACCAGUAGAAAGCAUGCCACUCGCAGAAAACUUCCCCACAGCUGGAACAAUGUCAUCUGUGCAGAGCUUCUGGGCAGCAUGGAGAUCCCUGGAGAGAAGAAAUACCAGUAUUAUAGCAUGCCCCCUUCCUUGCUGCGGAGCCUAGCUAGAAGCCAGCAACCCCCAAGAGUGCAGAGAGGCACCCUUUUUGAGAUUAAAGACAGUCAGAGAGAGGCCUCCAAUGUAAGGGAUGACCAGGAAGAGCAAGAAACAGAAAAAAGUAUAGUUGCUUCUGGAGUAUCCCCUGAUAGGCAAGCAUACUCCAAGUGUGGCCAAUUUCUCCGGGUCCCUUCUUAUCUAAAGCAACUUCCUUUUUCUGCAGAAGCUGUCUUGCCUCUGUCCAAACCAGCUGUGGAAGGAGAUGCAGAUAUGCUGGCAACUGGACAGGUCUCUCAGAAUGAGGUCCCUGUUCAUCUGACUUGGCAGACCCCCGCUGUCUCAAGCCAGGCAGCAGAGGCUGAACCCAAAGGGCAGAUUGAGCCAAUUGCUCAGAUACCAGCCAGACAAGCCAAGGCCCAGCAAGUUCCGCCCACUUUGAGUUGCACACCUGCACCCAUGUCGAUGGCCUCUCUUCCUUCCCAAGCCAAGAGCAUGCAAGCUGGAGGUGGAUAUGUGAACUGGGCAUUUUCGGAAGGCGAUGAAACUGGUGUGUUUAGCUUCAAGAAAAAAUGGCACACCUGCUUGCCCUCCACUUGUACUAGUGACUCUGCUCAGAGUGAACAAUUCAGGAUCCAGAUCCCAGGCAGAUCCCUGUCUGAUAACUCAACCAGAUGGACCCAGAGCUGUGACUGCUCAGAAGUCGUGGGACCAUGGCUGCAGCCAAACACAUCCUUUUGGAUCAAUCCCCUCCGCAGAGACAGACCCUUCAGGAGUCAUAGUUUUAGAUUCCAUAAGGAGGAGAAACUGAUGAAGAUCUAUAAGAUUAAAAGCCAUUCACGAACCUCAGAGAUAGGGUCAGUGUGGGCCAAAGCAAAGAUGUUAACCAAGGACAGGAGAUUGUCAAAGAAAAAGAAGAAAACUCAAGGACUGCAGGUGCCAGUCAUAACAGUCAAUGCCUGCUGUCAAAAUGAUCAAAUGGAUUCAGAACCAGGAGAAAAUAACAUCUCAGAAAAGGGGUGCAGCAAGAACUGGCUCACGGUGUCCAAGUUUACCCAGAUAAGUCUAGAACCUUAUAUAUAUCAGAAAAUGAAAACUAAAGGAAUUGAGCAACGUACUGUACAAGUCAGUGAUUAUCUACAGCAGUCUAAAGAGGAUCUGAGCAAAAACUCUUUAUGGACUUCCAGGAGCAUCAGCCUUACUAGGAGCCCAAUGUUGAGAAGUUCAAAUGGAGCUGACAAGAUCUCAGCCUCCUUAAAAAGCCCUCAAGAGCCUCACCAUCAUUACUCAGCCAUUGAAAGGAAUAAUUUAAUGAGGCUGUCUCAGACCAUACCGUUUACACCCAUCCAACUGUUUGCAGGAGAAGAAGUCACCAUCUAUAGGCUGGAGGAGAGCUCCCCUCUGAACCUUGAUAAGAGCAUGUCCUCUUGGUCCCAGCAUGGAAGAGCUGCAAUGAUCCAGGUGUUGUCCCAGGAAGAGUUGGACGGGGGCCUCCGCAAAGCCAUGCGAGUCAUCAGCACAUGGUCUGAGGAUGAUGUUCUCAAACCGGGACACGUUUUCGUUGUGAAGUCUUUUCUCCCUGAGGUCGUGCAGACUUGGCAUAAAAUCUUCCAGGAGAGUACAGUGCUUCAUCUUUGCCUCAGGGAAAUUCAACAGCAAAGGGCUGCUCAAAAACUAAUCUAUACCUUCAACCAAGUGAAACCGCAAACCAUUCCCUACACACCGAGGUUCCUGGAAGUUUUCUUAAUCUACUGCCACUCAGCCAACCAAUGGUUGACCAUUGAGAAGUACAUGACUGGGGAGUUCCGGAAGUACAACAAUAACAAUGGAGAUGAAAUCGCCCCCAGCAACACCCUAGAGGAGCUGAUGUUGGCCUUCUCUCACUGGACCUAUGAGUACACUCGGGGAGAGCUGCUGGUUUUAGAUCUGCAAGGUGUUGGAGAAAAUUUGACAGAUCCAUCUGUUAUAAAACCUGAAGACAAACAAUCAAGAGGAAUGGUGUUUGGACCAGCUAAUUUAGGGGAAGAUGCAAUUAGAAGCUUCAUUGCAAAACAUCGUUGCAACUCCUGUUGCCGGAAGCUCAAACUCCCGGAUUUGAAAAGAAAUGACUAUUCCCCUGGAACAAUAAAUUCCAGCUUUGGAUUUGAGAAGGAAAAAGAACCAACUGAGGGGCCUCCAGCAAGAGAAAGGAGUAGAAAUUCCCUAGAAGAUCAUACACGACUCUAAAAGGGGGAGAAGCAAGAAGAUGAUGGCCCUCAACCUUUCUGCCAUGAGUUCUUUGGUGAUGUAGAUUGAUGAUGCAACACUGAUUACAUCAGAUCAAGGGAGCAGGAUGGCUUUGUACUGGAACACAUCUGUCCCUGCCCAGAGGCCUCAUUGGUAUAUAAUGAACGGAUUCUUCAGGAUGUUGACCUAUGAAGGAUGUUUGGCAUGCAUUCUCUAUCCUCAGGUUCCACAAGAAGACACUUGGACAAGUCAGCUGGAAAUACUGUUUUUUUGAUACCUCAUUGCUUUAGCUGCUCACUUGGAACCCUUGGAGUGCUGUGUGCUAAGGAACUAGGGGGAUGAAUUUAAUUUAUUUUCUCACUGUGUAUGCAGACUGUACCCCCCCACUGCUGUUCACCACCUCACCCACACAUUGUUCUUAUGUGUGUGUAUAUAUAUAUAUAUAUAUAUAUAUGUACAUUAAGAAGUUAUUUGACUUCCUCCUCUAUCCUAUUCAGUAGCACAGAGCUUUGAAUAGCAACAACAAGGAAACAAUGGAAUAAGGGUGUAUUUGCACAGAUCAGAGCACACUCCUGUACCAACUAACCAGUAAAAGUUAGUAUCCUGGUGAAAUCUAGUUGGGUUUGAGUACUGUCAGUAAUCUAUGUGCUGUCUGGGCAUUUCAGGUUUCUCUAAAACAAAAAAUGAAGGGAAAUCUAAAACAAAUGCCUUUCCUUUUAUUUUUUUAUUUUUUACAAGGAAUUGUAAAACUGGAGAUAAAUUAAGAAAGGGUUUCCCUUCCUUGAUCUUAGGGGUGCUGUCAGUCAUAGAAUUGAUUAGGUCAACCUCUAUCAUGCCACUUUCUUUUCCAGAGCUCUGUCUGUAAUAUUUAUAGGCGGAAUCACUGCGUGUCGGGUCUUAUGAAGAAAUAUAUGCUUUCAGACUGAAACAUGUUUUGCAGGUGUUUACUUCGCUCCAAGAUGGAGUUCCGGUGGUUUUAAUCUGGCUUGAAAACGUGUCAUCAGUUUCUGAUGCCCAAAAUGAAGGAUCUCUGGAAAGUACACUGUGUGACAUUUUGGAGGGGUCAGUUGUGCCUCUUGCACACUAAGUUGGGUUGCCCUACCUCAAAACAAGUAUGAGCUUUGCACACAAGCAGAGAUGGAGGGCUGGGAAUCCUCUCCCCUCUCCCCCUGCGUCUCCUUUCUUAUUAUAACAUGUUCCAAUCUGCCAGCAGCAAACCUCCUGGGUUUGAAAAAUUUCAGCUUAUCUUUAUCUUUAGUCUUUACAUUACAUAUCUUGCUUCUGAGCCUGCUUUUCAAAUAUAUGCUCCUGCAUUCUUAGGUUAUACUUCAGGGAGCCUGUUCCCAGUGGGUAGAAAAUCAAGGAUUUGUUUGCAGUGAUUUUGUCAGAUUCUUUUAAGUUUGAGUUGCUUUCUAUAAGGGUUAAUCUAUAUUCCUUUGACUUUGGUCUGGGAUGGUAGACAGUGGGAAAUUUGGGUGAUUUCUUGAUUGACAGUGAGGACAGAUAAAAUGUUAAUAUUUUAUUCUAUUUUAUGAGUCAAUAAAGAUCAAUUGGUACUUACUUCAGUGCUGUAUUGAAAUCAAAUGGAAAUAGGCAAUUUGUCCAAGGACCAAAUCAAAGGCAUCAAUUUAUUGGCCAACUACUUGUUACCUGGGAUAGAACCUGAAAGCAAAUACAUUUUGAUUUCAAAUUUUUGUGGUGUGCUUAAAAAAAAAUGUGAAGAAAAAUCUACAGAAUAACAUUUUUAAAAGAUGAACUGCUAAGGGGCGGGGUUGUGGCUCAGUGGUAGAGCACUUGCCUAGCAUGUGUGAAGCACUGGGUUCGAUUCUCAGCACCACAUAUAAAUAUAUGAAUAAAAUAAAGGUCCAUCAAUGUCUAAAAGAAAAAUUUAAAAUUAAAAAAAAAAAUGAACUGCUCAGCAAAGGUCACUAGGAUUGCUUUGAAGGCAGCUAUGCUCACCACUAUCCCACCAAUGCAGACAACUAGGAUGGCUUGAAUACAAUGUGACAAUAACUUUGAUUUCUGAUCACUAGAGUGAAAUGUUUAUUGUUUCAAUUUUAUUCAGCAGAUAUUUAUUAAGUGCCUUUUCUACAUUGCAUGAAGGAUGAGGAUGCAGAGAUGAAAAGGACAUAUCUUUGCCCUUAAAGAGCUUUAUGUCUCCUACUUACUUUUGUUUAUUUCAAAUUUGCACUUCUACCAAGUGCUAGAAUUUUUUAUUUCUGGGCAAAUGUUGAACUCAGAGAUGUUUCAUACCCUACCUGCCAGAGCAGUAUGUACACACUGAGACAAGAGAAUUACGGCAAAUAAGAAGACAUAGCUAGGACUGGUUUUAGGAACCUGUGAAGAAAAACAGACCGCAUAGUCCUUUUCUGAGCACAAAGCCAGCGUCACAGAUGGGAUCUGAAUCUGGGGACCAGAGAAACAGGCAGGAUCCAGGAAAUUCUCUACUGGGGCACUCACUGGGCAUAUAGAAUUUUCUUUCUACGAGGCUGUACAUGCCUGGAGUGACUUCUGCCCCUGCUAUCUUAGAGCUUUCUUACAGCUCUGAGGGAUGAAGUUUGAUGUGGUUUUGAGUGUUUCUUGCCCUGUUGUCUUCUGAGGCUUUGUAAAAACAAGUACUGGCUGACCCAGACUUCCCAACAUUCAGUCAAUACUUUAAAAACUUUCUGUUGUUGUUGCUUGUGACUGUUAUUUUAGAGGAAACGGGCUACUCUGGUUCGAGAAGUCAUGCCACAGAUGUCCCUGUUAUGUCCUGUGCUUUCAGACACCCACCCACAUCUAGCACAAAGCUGGGCACAUAACACACUUUCAACACUAUUUUUUUAAAAGAAGUAACAAAACCUUCAAAUGAUAGUGGAUUUCAUUUACUAGGUAAUAGAUCAGAUUUGCAUUUUUAAUCUAGAAGAAAAUGAUUACCAAUUCCUUAAGACCCAACACAAUUCUUUUGAUCUCUCUCUGUUUUAAUUUUCUAGGAAAUAGCUUUUAACAACCUACACCUUGUCUAUUGAAUUCCCAACCAGUUCUUGCCCUUAUCACCAUCAGUGACAGUGCCAGAGUACAGUCCUUUACCGGUGACUAUUGAAAUGAGAUGAUAACUUCCCAGAAACUGCCUAGGAAUAAUCAUCACUUUAUUACCCUUUGAAAAGAAGAUUGAUAGAAAAGUCAUUUGAAAGAUGGUUCAUUACCAUGCCCUAGUACGAUUUCUUUACUCACAUCUCUCCAAAGCAUGAGAAAGGGAGGAUUAUUCUCUGAGGUCGGAAUUUGAAGGCUGUGUGUUUGCCUCUUUGAAGUCUUGGUAUUUAAUUUUCUGUAGUCAUUUCUUGGGCAAUUUUCUAAGAAACUAGUUGAAGCUAAUUUAUCAUAAGUUAAAGUCAAAUGACAGAAAAGAUUUUUCCCCCUUAACAGCAUUUUAUUCCACAGAGGUUAGCUUCUGAAGGAAAAUGAGACUUAAAUAGUAUUUCAAAUCUCUAGCCACAUGGGUGGGUACAGAGAAUAGAGAGAAUUCUGGAAACCACACUGGCUUUUUAUUUAGCACAGUUAUUAUUUUGUGACUUUUCUUUCUAGACCCGAUGUACAGAUAAAAUAUUGUGUUUUUGUGAAACACCCUCCUAAAAAUAAUUAGAAAGGUUGCUUAAUUUUUCAAAGAAAAGCUGUUAGUCCUCAAGGGAUAACAAAUCUUGGUAUCUAUCAUUUUCAGACUUGUAAUAUAAGUUUAUAUAAUUUGGUUCACCUUUCUGUUAACCCCUAACUCUGAAAUGGAGAUGAAGAUACUUACCUUUUCAAAUGAAGGUGAAUGAUAAUGAGAGAGCAUUUAUAAAGUCCUUUGAGAAUCUCAUUUAAAAAUCUUCUUGUGAGCAUGGGAUUCAGUUCAAUAAAUAAUAAGGGGUUUUCAUUUUUGA